AUGCUUGUUGUAACAGAAAGCACACUUGAAAAGCAAAGAAAUCGGAAUUAUUCACGAAAUAGCCAAAUACCAUCAAAAAAUAACAGUACACAAGUAAAGGUUAUAGCAAAUAGGAUUACACCAUACUGCAAGGAUAUAUUAAACACCGAAAGAGACACAAUAAAAACGCGCAAAUUUUUAAAAGAUUAUAAAACUAAAUACAAAUAUAUUUUUUCCAAAAAGAAUACGGAUAAUUCAGAACGUGUAAAAAAGGCAAAACUUUAUUCUGUAGAAAAAAAAGCAAAUUUGUUUCAAUUAAAAAGAUUGUCAAAAAGUAAGAAAAAAAAUAAAGUUAGUGCCAAUAGAGUUAAUUAUAAUUGUAUAGAAAAUAAUUCACAUAUAAGAAAUAGUGAUCAAGAAAAAAUUUCACAUCAAUUACAUUUAAAAGACAAAAAACAUAAACAUCCUAAUAAAAAGUCAAAGAAAGGUUUACAAAGUGAUAUAAGGAACAUAUUAUUGGGCAAUUCUAAUCAUAGUUAUAGGAAUGAUUUUCCCAAUUUAUAUACUAUAAAUAAUAAUAAUAACAAUUUAAAAGAUAAGGUAAAAACAAAUAAUGAUAUAUUAUAUAAUAAAAAUGUUACAAGUAGAAAGUCAAACACAUCAUAUAAACUUAUAGACAAUUCCUCUUUUAAUACGCCAUGUAUUAAUAAUAAUAUUAAUAAUGAUGAUGUUUUCAAGUCGUAUAUAAAUGAUUCAUUUUCAAAAAGAUCACUAUAUAGUCCACACUGUAAACAUAAAAUAACGACCAAUAGUUUAAUAGAUUCAAUUGUUAGUUUAUCAAACGGUUUAAAUACGUCAAUUGAAAAAAAAAAUAAUGAGUAUGAUAAAAAUUUACUUAGUUAUGUAAAUAAAAUAUUGCAUGAUAAUAAUUUUUAUCAUGGCAUCAGUUCGGGUGUAAAUAAAACUGAAUUGAAACAAUUGGAAAGUGAAAUACAUAAGAAAUGCAAUGAUAUGAUAUCAAAAUUUUAUUUUAAAACGAUAUUUAAAAAUAGAAAUUGCACACAAAAAAAAAAAAAUAGUAUUUCAAAAAAUAGUUAUAAUUCAUAUAAUAGUGAAUAUUGCGACACUCAAAGUAGAAGUAAAUUAGUCAUCAAUGAAAACAGCAAUAAUGUACCUAAACAUUUAUAUCAUGAAAAAAAUGGAAUAAAAAGCCCUUUAAGUUCAAAUAUACAUGACAAUUUUUAUUAUUCGGAUAAUUAUUUUUCAGAAAAACCUAGAAAAAGCGAAAAAAAAAAUAACAAUAGGGCCAAACAAAAUAAUAGAGCCUGUGAAGUUUCUUUAAAGAACGAUAAUUUAAUCACCGGCAAUAAAAAUAAUAUUACCCUUGCAAAAAAUAUAAGUAAGGAAAAUAUUAAUUAUAAAUUAACUUUAGACAAUGAUAAACUUAGUGUGAAUUAUUUGAAAGAAAGUCAUUUACAUAAUAAAUUAAAAAGUUUUAAUCAAAAUUUUAAGCCUAAAAAAAAACGAUCUAUAGAAACACAAUUAACAUUAGGCAAUACUGCGACAUCUUCUGUAUGCAAUAAUGUAGAUAUUAAACCUUCUAAGUAUGAUGAUAAUAAUAAAGACAUAGUACAUGAUUCAUAUAAUAGUGUAAAUAAAUUAAAUUAUAAUGAGAUCGUAAAUACAAAUAAUCAAAUAAAUCAUGUUAAUAAACAGUUAUCUACAUUGAACAAUUUUGAAAAAUAUGAUGAUAGUGUAUUUAGUCGUUCGAAUUCAUUACACUAUAAUAAAAAAUGUCGAACUGUUUCUACAGAAAAUAAUGAUCAAUCGAUUUCCAAAGAGGAUAUUACUAUAAAAAACGAUCACACAGGACAUCGUAAUCUUUUAAAUGAGGAUAUAGGUCUAAAAAAAUUUGAUACUACAAAAAAAACGUGUUCUCAAGGAAAGAAUGUAAGUAAUUUAAGCAAUGGAAAAGAAGAUAAUAAUAUAAAUAAAAGUGAUGAUAAUAAAACAUAUCUUAAAUAUAAAAAGUUAUCAAGUCCACAAGUAUGCAUGCCAAAUAGUUAUAAUAUUUCGAAUUAUGCAAGUGGCAAAUUCGAAGCUUCAUAUAUAAUAAAUAGUCAGAAUAGUAGUAAUGCUUGUAUAAAUGGCAAGAGUAUAGAUUCUGAACAAAUGACGCCAAGGGGUGAGAAUAUUUUGAAAAAAAAGUUUAAUGAUACGAAUAUUGACAAAAAUAUCCAGUAUAAUAAUGACAAUACUUGUAAAGAAAAUUAUGGAACUAAUGAAAAAAAACAUAUAAAUCGUUACAAUACAACCAUAAAUAGUAGUAGGCAUUUUAGUACUAUUAGCAAUAAUACACCCCUUGAAAUAUAUAAUGAAUAUGAUUCUAAUAUAAAUAACAUAAAAAGAAAUGAUUCAUAUAUUACAAUGGCAAGCGAUAAUUUGGAUGAUAGUGUAUUUAAUGAAAAUCAAGAUAGUUCUUACAUUCCAAGUAGUAUAUAUAAUAAUUAUGGUAGUAGUAUUGCAAAUAAUCGUUACAGUGUUUUAUCGAGAUAUAGUACUAUGCAAAAUAAAACUAGUAAUGGUUUUAGUAGUCCAUUUAUUAAUAGAUCUAGCAAUAUAUUAUGUAAACCUCUAGUUGAAAAUUGUAAUAAUAAUUUGUUAAACGAAGAAAAUAAAAAAAAUAAUUUUAUGAAUUUGUUUCCUUGUCAGAAAAGUAUAGACAUAAAGCCAAUAAAUUGUGAAGAUAAAAAAAACCAGGAAGAAAUAAAGAUAAACAAUCCAAGGGAACAAAUUGAAUCAAAUGUAAAAAUUUCAAAGACUGUGAAAAAGGAGAUAAAUUUUCACAUAAACAGUUUUUCUGAAUUGAAAAAUUUAAGAUCGAGUAUAAACUCCAUUGCCAGUUCUAAUUUACGUAAAACUCCUACGAUAUCGAAUAUAGAAAACGAUAAUUAUUCUAUACCUCUAAAAUAUAUACCAGAAUAUAUUAAAUCCUUUUGCAUUUUUAAGGAUAAUCAUAAGAAAGACGAGGUAUCUAGAAUAGCACCAUUGAUAGAUCAUGUAAAUUCGAAUAAUAAUGAUAUUGGUUUGAUAACACCUAAAAAUAAGUUUGAUACAUCAUCAUUAAAUAAAGAUAUAAAAAUGAAUAACAAUGAUCAUGAAUUUUCAGUUGAUGAGUGUUUAAUGAAAUGCUUGAAGGAAGACCCAUCAAAAUUUAGAACAAAUGAAGAUUAUGAAAGAUUUUGUAAUGAAGAUAAAAUUUUAAAUCCAAACUAUGUACCUCACGAAUCUCGAAAAUUAGGGGAAAAUUUCUUAAAAAAUAAAAAGGAUAAUUUUUCUUUUAUUAAUAAAAAUUAUAAUUAUGAGCCCAAUAUAAAUAUUGCUGAGUGUGGUAAUAGUUCUUUUAAUUAUGAUGGGGGGGUUAAUGAUCCUCAUAAAAAUUAUUUUAAUAAUAUAAAAAUUAAUGUUUUCAAUAAUGAUUAUGUAAACAAUGAUAAUAAUUGUUACAAUAAUAAUAGCAUAUACAAUAACAAUAAUAUAAAUUCUAUAAAUAAUUUGAAUUAUAUGAAAAGUGGUAAUGACCAUUAUAAUAAUGAUAUAUUUAUUAAAUAUUAUGAAAAGUAUUCAAUUAAAAAUUUAGAUAAAAAUGAAUCAGAAAAAUUAAAUUAUACAGAUUGUUACGAUUUUAAAGAUUCAUCAUUGACUGAAAUAAGUAGGGAUGAUAGUUUUUGUUCUGAUGAUUUAGGGAAUGAUGAUAAUGAUAUAAAUUUUUUAAAAGAAUCAUUAAAUUCUUUUGAUAAUUUAGAAUCAACUGAAAAAAAAUAUGAGCAGAUACUAAAAGAUUUUAAUGGAAAAAUCCCUUUACUUCAUAAAGUUUUAAAGCCAUUGCCAGUAAAAAAUCGAUCCAACAAUUUUGAUAUUUGUCUAUAUUUAUUACAAAAACAUGGUGGUGAUUUAAAUAAUGAAGAAAAUAUUUGCAUAUUAAGAGAUAGAGAAAUAGUUCAACACAGUGCUAUAUAUGAUACAAAAAAUGAUUGUAUAAAAAGUAAUAUAACAAAUGUAACAAAUAUAAAAUUAUAUCAUCCAAAAUGGUAUAAUAAAAAAAAAAUUAUUGAAAGGCUAAAAGAGCAAAGUUGCUAUAACCCCUUUACUAUAUUUGGGUCAGCACCAAGCUUAUUAGAUUUUGAUGAAGUUUUUGAUAAAGAUGUGUAUAAUAAUUUUGUUUCAAAAAAUAGUCGUAAAAAUCAUUCGUUAUUAAGAAUAUUGGCAAAACAAAAGGUUAUAAGUAAUUUAAAUGAUAAAAUAUCAGAUAAAGAAUGGCCACAAGUACAUUCCUAUUUAAAAAAGAGAUGGAGUAGAGAAACGAACAUCGAAUUAAAUUGGGCAUGUGAUCCAUUGUUAUAUGAAGAACUUGAAUGGUAUCUAAGUACAAAUAAUGAAUAUUUAAAUAUGACAGACAAAGUGGCUGAUAUUGAUGUUUGUUAUUGUCCGACCCUUGAUCCUAGCUCUUAUUAUGCAUGGAAUGAUUCAAGAGUUAUUUAUACGAAUUUAUGUUACAACAAAUCCAAAGAUGAUGCAGAAGAAUCAAAUAACGAUUCGAAAAAUAUGUAUAAUACAAAUAAAAGCUUAGAAUUUAAAAAGAAUGAUAAACAACUUUCUUUUAGGAAAAGAGCAAGUGGAUGUGAGCAUCUCAUGUUUCAACAAAAUGUUAUGAAACAAAAAAAAUUAUCAAAAAAAAAAAAAAAAUUGCUAAAAAAGAAAAAGAAAAUGAUAAAGGAGAAAUAUAAAACAAUGGAUAUUGACGUUAACUUUGGAAAUUAUGGAAACGAUAACAAUAGAGAAGACGGAAAAAUAAUAAAAAGCGCUGAAGGGUUUAGCUAUCCUUACAAAAAUAUGUGCAAUUAUCACGAAAAUAAAACAGACUACGUAAAUGAUCAAUAUAUGAAUGAUUUUAAAAAUAAUAAAGAAAAUAGAAGUUUUUAUUAUUCAAACAAUGUUAUAUCUAAAAAUAAAAAAAGUAUUUAUAAUCAUAAAAAUUGUGAAGAUAAUAUAGUACCUAUUAUGGCAGUAAAUACAUCACUAUACAGAAAUAAUAUGGAUAAUAAAUAUAAUUGCCACAACACAGCAUUUGAUUACAUUAAAAACAAGGAUAACACAAUAAAGUUUUUUGCUUCUCCAAAAAAAAAAAAAAAAAAAUCUUUUAAAAAAUCUAUUAACUCGGAUUGCUUCGAUUUUAUAAACUCAUCGAUGACUAAUUCUGACAACAUGCAUCCCACCAACAACAAUAACGAGAAUAGCAACCAUAACAUUGGUAACAAUAAUAAUGACAAUGGAAACGCUGACUUUAAUUGCAAUCAUACCACUGAAUUUAACGAGUUUAAUGAUUUUAACAUCUAUAACAAUAAUAAAAACAAUUUUCGUAUUUUUGAAUUCAGUGAUUCUAUCAAAUGCAACAAUCUGAAAGGUACUUAUAAUAAAGAUAUGAUGAUUAAUGCAGAUAAUUUGAAAAAAAAACAUAACCCCCAAAAUUAUGAACAAACAGGUUAUAUUGAAGAAAUGUGUGAUAAUAAAAAUAUACAAAAUGAUUGUGAGCUUUUGGAUAUUAAUGAAAACAAUUUUGAAAAAAAUAAUAUGCAUUAUUUCAAAAGUAAUACAUAUAUGUACGAUAUUAAUAAUAAUAGUGCUAGUGGUAUGAAAAAUUAUAUCGCCAAGAGUAAUGAUAACAUUGUGUAUAAAAGCAAUUAUAAUAUGAACCAAGGAGACAUUUCGCAAUCAUUUUACAAAAACAAAGGUAAAAACAACAAUUAUGGAAAUGAUAAUAAUGUAAAAAAGACAAUGUUUAGAAAUAUGCAAAUGGAGAAAAACGGAUAUAAUAUGAACUGUCAUAAGGGAAAUAAUAAUGUUAACAAUGAUAAUAAUAGGAUUGAUGACAAUUGCAAUUAUAGAAAGGGGGAUAAUCAAAUGAGUUUCAUUCCCAGAAAUUUUGAUGAUAAAAAUGGUAUUAACACAUAUUAUAAAGUAUACAAUACUAGUGAUAAUAAUAACAAUAGCAAUCAUAAUUUUCAUAAAAAUAUAUAUGGGAAUAAAAAUAUUUAUGUUAAAAAAGAUAUGAGAUAUGUUUCUAACGAUUAUAGCAAGUUAAAAGGUAACGAACUAAGUAAAAAUGAGCAUAUAAAUAAUAUUGGACAUUUUGAAUAUAAAUUAUCAAACAAAAAUUUUCCUGAUCAAAAUAUUUUGAAUCAAAAAGAUAAUAUAAACGGAUUAAAAGAAAAAUAUGUAAAUAUGUGCAAAGAAGAGAAGCAACUUAUUACAUCUUCCGAUCAUAAUAAAUCCAAUUUUUUUGAGUCCAAUUAUGAAAAUUACAAUAACAAUAAUGAUGAUAAUAAUGAAAGAAAUAAUAAAAUAAUGAAUGAGUAUUUUCAUGAUAAAAAUUCAGAAAAUUACAUUCAAAUGGAAAAAAAAAAAAAAAAAAAAGUAAGUGGCAAUACUGGUAAUAGUAGUAAUAAUACCCUGGAAAAUCAUCAGAAUAACAAUAACCAUAUUAACAAAAAUUUUAGAAAUAUUAUUCCAGAGACUAACAUUCUAAAAUUAACACAAGAAAAUAUUGAUAAAAAAAAUAUAAUUGAAAAUGAAAUUAAAAAAAGUAACACAUUGUUAUAUAAAAAAAAAAAUAAUAACAAUGCUGGAAUAUCUAUAAGUUCUUUUAAUUCUAAAAGAUUAAGUAAUAGUAAUAUAAGUGUUAAUGAAAAUAAAAAAAUUAGAAGAUAUGGGAAUAAAAUGCAUCACGAUUCUGAUAAUAUAUCUAUAGAACAUUCGGAAAAUGAUAAACAAUGUAAUACGAACAAAGAAAUAGCGGAAACUCCCUCGAGUGCAACAAGCGAAACAUCCAUGUCUAGUGCUUUUAAAAUGGCUACUUCUGUUUUUAAAAAAUUAUUCUAA